GGCGCAUGCGCGGCGCGGCAAUGCGGGUGGUGGUGGGUGGUGGGACGGGCUUCGUGGGCAGAGCCCUGACCCAGCUGCUGCGGAGCCGAGGGCACCAAGUGACCCAUGUGUCACGAAGAGGGGGCACGGAUCGGAUCAGCUGGGAGGAGCUGUCACACUCCGGGCUGCCCCUGUGUGAAGCUGUGGUCAACUUGGCUGGUGAAAAUGUCCUCAACCCUUUCCGCAGGUGGAAUGAUGCCUUCUGCAGGGAGGUUGUCAGCAGCCGGGUGGAGACCACGAAGGCCUUGGCCAAAGCCAUCGGUGCUGCUGAGCAGCCUCCCCGUGCCUGGGUCCUCGUCACUGGCGUAGGUUUUUACCGGCCCAGCCCCACAGCUGAGUACACUGAAGACAGUGCAGGAGGGGAUUUUGACUUCUUCUCACGCCUGGUGAGCUCGUGGGAGGCUGCAGCUCUCAUCCCUGGCAGCCCAACUCGUGGUGUUGUGGUGAGAUCAGGUGUGGUGCUGGGCCGAGAUGGCGGCGCAAUCUCCCAGAUGCUCUUGCCUUUCCGCCUGGGACUCGGAGGCCCCAUGGGCUCUGGACUGCAGCCCUUCCCGUGGAUCCACAUCCAGGACCUGGCUGGGAUCGUGUGUCACGCCCUGGAGACGGAGUCAGUGCGAGGCGUCCUCAACGGCGUUGCCCCGUCCUCGCCUGGCACCUCCAAUGGCACCUUCGCCCAGGAGCUGGCGGCAGCCCUGGGGCGCCCGGCGCUGCUGCCGGUGCCCGCCUGGGCCGUGCGGGCUCUCUUUGGGGCAGAGAGGGCGGCCAUGCUGCUGGAGGGACAGAGGGUGCUGCCCAAACGCACCCUGGAGAGCGGCUACCGCUUCACCUUCCCUGAGCUGCCUGCGGCUCUCAAGGACAUUGUGGCUUGAGGUGUCCCCACCUGGGCUGGGCCCUGUUUGUGUGAGCCCCCCAUCAAAGAGGGGAGCCCUGCCCCCUGGCACUUCCCCAUGCACGUACAGCAGGGGUGAGCAAUCCUGCCCUCCUGUAUCU